UUCAACGUAAUGGAAAAUUACUAAACCUAAAUGGACUGACUAACAAGAAAAUGCGUUAUUUAUUACUAUUGGCACUUUUGCUCUAUAACAUAGUAACAAACGCGACCAGACCAAAUCCCUACGAUUACGAUGACCCCGAUGGAAUCAAAAGACAUUCCUUUGUAGACGAGAGGCGGAAUCGGAGAAAGAAAGCUUUAUUAAAAUCGUUCGACGAAGACCACAAAGACUGGGAUGACAGGCGAUAUGAUCGCGACAUUCCGGGGUAUUUGGACGAUCCAGAGCCGAAACAUUUCGGAGGGUUGGACAGACAACGGGAGAUAGAUCCCUCAUUGAGUGUGUAUAGAGGACAGAGGCUCUAUGAAAACGAUGAUAAAAUAAAUAUGCUUCAUAAAGCGAGGAGCGCUGAGGUCGGACACUCGCCGUCAUUUUCAGGAAAAGAAUCGGAAAAGAAAACACCAUUUACAAUGACCUGCGAAAGGCAAAAUGAAAGAUACGAGCCAUGCUUCGCUGGUUGCGCUGCAGUAACAUGCGACAACCCUCGGGAACGACUGCGACCCUGUUACCCCUUCUGCGAGCCUGGGUGCAUCUGCAUCCAGCCGUACGUGCGGGACGAUCGCACCCACAAAUGUGUCCUACCCGAGGAUUGCACUAAAGGCCUCAAAGGAAUUCCCGACCUCGGCGAAGACUCUUAGAAAACGAACAAAUGUCAUUGAUACACACACAAUAGAUGCAACCUUGAGGGUCCUCCGGCGAAGAAAGAGGAUCAUAUUCCCGUGAUAUUUGAACCCUCUAUUUACUUUGAUAUAAAGUAAUACAAUUUCGUUUAGAAAUAACA